AUCUUCCUCCGUUACCUUUCAACUUAACGAGCUUCACAGCUCUCAUGGCCGACCGACCAAAAUGGCAGCAGCCAUUUCGCUUACGGUUCCCACAUUGGAAUCCACCGUCGAAAGCUCCACCUCCAACUCAACCGCCGGGAACAUCAGCUUCGCCGCCUUCACGAGUGAUUCUAAGACAACAACGACAGCAACAACCAUCUCCUUCUACAAGGAGUCUUUCUCGGUCGUCAAGCUCGUCGUCUCCACCGGUAUCGAGAACAGAAGCUCCAGCACCUCCACCGGCUAUAUCUCCAUCCUCAUCUCACGGUGUUCCCCAGCCACAACAGUGGCCUGAGGAAGCUUCCUCUACAUCCCCAUCUCCAGCUCAAGGUGUUCCCCAGCCACACCAAGCACCGUCACCUCAGGAAGCAGCUUCCAUGUCUCCAUCUCCUUCUCGAGAUACUCCCCGGCCACCACAACCAUCAUCAACUCAGCAAGCCAUCCAUACCCUGAACUCUGAAUCUGUAAUAGAACCCCUCGAUCCUAUCAGCAGAGCAAACCCAAACGAAACAGAUUUAUCUGAACAGAAACCAGAAAUGGACACCGAACCAAAAGAAACUACGAAUCCCUCUAAGCUUCCACAAGCCACAGAACUGACUCAAUCCCAACAAAAGCUGGUGGAAGGAAAUCCUACGGAGGACGAUGAAGAUAAUACAAAUAUAGAAAUCGAAAUCACAGAGGAGAUGACUCCCAUCGGCCGAGAAACAGAGUCGCCGUAUGCCUCGACUGAAGAACCAAAGAACAAAACGGAACCUGAUCCAGGGCCGACGGAGACGAGAGACUCGAGGACGCAGGAAGAUACGAAUGGCUUAGGAGGGAAAGGAAACACGGAUGCCCCGCCAGCUUCACCAACCACUGUAGCAGAUAAUUUGCAGACCCAGAUGCUGAACAGUGGGCACUCACAGCAUGCAGGAAGAAGAAACAUAGAGUUAGCUGGUAAGAAUCAAGGUGCAUCAAUGUGCGUCGGACCUGAGACAAUAAGCACGUCAGACCUGCAGAAGGUAAACAAGAUCGACACGCACACGAGUGCAGACAUCAAUCGUAAGAGUCAAACUCUCGGAGAGAGAUCACAUCAGACAGGUGAUGAGGUUCCAUCCAUCACAAGUGUUAAUAGCAACGUGCAGUGCAUAAACAACUCUAUACUCCACGAGAGCUCCUGUAGCCAAAAAGAUCCAGGAGUUUACUUCUUCUAUGGCAAACCAGCAUUCAAUACUCGAGGAGUUUCUCUUAUCACAACUCCAGCUCAAAGUCUCACCUAUCAGCCACAUAUCGAGAAGAAACAAACCAGAUCUGUGGAAGAGAAAUCUCAAAUGUCACAUUGCUCAGCUUGACUUUGGUGCGCAGAAGAUCCACCCUUGACAUGCUUUAGAAUGUAUGACGAAAUUGUGUUGGAAAAUGGUCGUUCAUGCACUCGACUGUGAUUGUAAGGAAGAGCUUAAUGAUUCAUGUUCAAAUAAUUAUGACAGUGUACACACGAGGCUCUUUAAGAAAUAUACAACAUAAUGUAUUCUAUGUUUGGAGAUAAUAAAGUGGUAUCUCUGUACUUUCACCAAUUCAUUCA